GGGAGCUGGAAGGGAAGGACAGGAAGCCGAGAGUCAGGAAUCCUGGGAUAGUGGCGGACCUGAAGUUGGCUUUGGUGAAGGCUGGGAAUCGUGGGGGACGCGGACUGAGAUUUGGAAGGUUGGAGGAGCGUCCCGGGACUGGGCCUACCUACUCCUUGGAAGGGCGGGAUUCCUUGGAAGGGCGGGAAGAGGCAGACAGCGGCCCCUAUUUUGGAGGACCCGGCCUGAGAUGUGAUCCCGGAGUAAAGUGUGUUUUCUUCCCUACGAGUGAGGGUCACCUUUCACCCCUUUCCUGGGGUAGGAGAAUCCACGACCGUACCACGGGCCGAGCAGCACUUAGCUCUUUGGACCCCGCUGCCAUGGAGGUCACUGAUACUGGGAAAACCUACAGGAGUCACAACUGCUUUUUGAUGGGAUGGAGCUCGGGCGCCAAGAACAGUCGAAACACGCCCCCCGCAUUCCAUAGAUGAACGUGGGAAUGAAUGUAACUCAGUGGGAAAGAUACUAGACAAAAUCAUUUUAAGGCAAAGCCGAGCUCCUGGGGCGUGGGCGCUCAGAGCCCUUACCGCCUGCCCUUAACUGACAUGGCGCCCUCACGGUCAGCAUUUCCGGCGGGUCCUUCCGAGGACCCCUGCGGUGAGUCCAUCACUUGGCUUCCUUCCCGGCCUGCCUCGCGCCCAGGCUGGGCUGGGCCAGAGCAGCCCAAGAUGGCCGACUUCGAGGAUCGGGUGUCGGAUGAGGAGAAGGUACGCAUAGCUGCAAAAUUCAUUACUCAUGCACCCCCAGGGGAAUUUAAUGAAGUGUUCAAUGAUGUCCGGCUACUACUUAAUAAUGACAAUCUCCUCAGGGAAGGGGCGGCACAUGCAUUUGCCCAGUAUAACAUGGAUCAGUUCACACCUGUGAAGAUAGAAGGAUAUGAAGACCAGGUUUUAAUUACAGAACAUGGUGACCUGAGUAAUAGCAGAUUUUUAGAUCCAAGAAACAAAAUUUCCUUUAAGUUUGAUCACUUACGGAAAGAAGCAAGUGACCCCCAGCCAGAGGAAGCAGAUGGAGGUCUGAAGUCUUGGAGAGAAUCCUGUGACAGUGCUUUAAGGGCCUAUGUGAAAGAUCAUUAUUCCAAUGGCUUCUGUACUGUUUAUGCUAAAACUAUAGAUGGGCAACAGACCAUUAUUGCAUGUAUUGAAAGCCACCAGUUUCAGCCUAAAAACUUCUGGAAUGGUCGUUGGAGAUCAGAGUGGAAGUUCACCAUCACACCACCUACAGCCCAGGUGGUUGGAGUACUUAAGAUUCAGGUGCACUAUUAUGAAGAUGGCAAUGUUCAGUUGGUUAGUCAUAAAGAUGUACAGGAUUCAGUAACUGUUUCGAAUGAAGUCCAAACCGCCAAGGAGUUUAUUAAAAUCAUAGAGCAUGCAGAAAAUGAGUAUCAGACAGCUAUUAGUGAAAACUAUCAAACAAUGUCAGACACCACAUUCAAGGCCUUGCGCCGGCAGCUUCCAGUUACCCGCACCAAAAUCGACUGGAACAAGAUACUCAGCUACAAGAUUGGCAAAGAAAUGCAGAAUGCUUAACGGCUGAAUGUAGGCUUCUUCAGUACCCGGAAAGAAAGGAUUCAACGUACAGUCAUAUGAUAAAUAAGUGAUUUAUAAACAAGAGUGAUAUUUUGCUAGGGCUUUCAAAAUUAACAGUUUUCUAGCCUCAUGGAAUACUGUUGAACCUAUAGCAUUGUCUUGAUUCUUUUGCGUUCUUUACCUUGUAAUUUUGUGUUUUCAUUAUAUCUACUUGUAAGUCUUUUCUUUUCCUGCCACAUUUAAUGAUGGAGAGAGAUCUAUCCUAGAGUCAUUUGACUGUUUAGAAAAAUUUCCUAUCCAUGAAGCCCUGUUACAGACAGGUAAUAUAUUCUGUACAAUAUUGACAGGUAAUAUGUUCUGUACUUUUCUGCCCCUAUCCUUCAAAGCACUUCUGGUACUUCAGUGAUUUUUACUGAUCCACCAACAGCUAAAGAGGCAAUGCUACAAACUAUAGCUGAAUGGAAGACACAUUUAUCCUUCUCCCUCUGACCACUUUAAUUAUCUUUUAUAGCAUCUUAUUAACUAGUUUUCAAAAGUUUGGAUUGGGGCUUUUCAUGUCCUUUUUGGGUGACAAAGGGAGUUUUCUGUAAGUUCCAUUAUAGCCAGCUUCUUUGGGGAGGUUGUUUUUAAAUCCAAAGACUUGAACCACAUUACCUGCACAUGAACGUGUUUACUUUUCUCCCUCUCUUCAUUGUCUCCUUCCCAUCUCAUUAUAGUUGUAGACAUCUGCAUUUUUAGAAGAGUUUUACCCAUCUAUUAUUUUUUUUAAUAUUCAAGAACUGCUGAUACACUAGGGAUGUAAUUGAGUGUAAGACUUGAAAAAUGUAGAUGUUGAAGGAAUAAUAGGUACCUUGUGCUUUAAUACUUUGUGGCGAGUUAUACUAUAAAAGCAAAUGAGUUAACUGUGUAAAUCACAAAAACUAAAAAUGAACCAAAGUGACAAGGAUAACUUUCAGGCAGUAUCUUUCUAUUGUAACCUGUUAUUUAACCUGUUACUAUUGAUUUGUUCCAAAUAGGAUGUAAAACUUCUUCCAGAUUACUCUUCCUCCAUCCUGCCUGCCAAAAACUCAAAUGUAACUGUGAUAUAGCAACCCUUCCCAGGUAUAUUGGCAGGUAUAUGUGUGAUCUCAGAAUAGACAGGUGACAUAGAUACGAUAUGACAGCUGGUAAUGAUGGAUUCAUUUACAUUGUUUACACUUCUAUGACCAGGCCUUAAAGGAAGGUCAGUUUUUAAAAACCAAGUAGUGUCUUCCUACCUAUAUCCAAAUAUAUGUCAAAAAAGAAGGGUGUUUGUGCUUCAGCUUUGUUUUUGUUCAGUAAUACAGUCAAGCAAGAGUAUGUUUCCAAGUGACCCAUUCAGCUGUAUAAGCAUUUUUGUUUAUUUCAAAUAAAAUAUAUUUGUAUUAUUUGUCAUUCAUACUAUCCAUCCAUACCACACUGUCCUCUGUAUCAGAUAGUCCAAUAGAAAUAUACCUGUUUUGUUCUUAA